AUGGCAUCGCAAUCCGCUUUGCCUCCUCCCCCUCUCCCGCCAUGGGUCGUGGCCCUAGAAAAGCCUCUCCCCAAACCCCCCAAAUCGACAGCAAAUAUCCCCGACCCGCCAGGUUUCUCAAGGAUCAAAAUUGCAGGCAGCAAACAGCGCACCCAACAACCCUCCCCAUCCAAGCCCGUCGAAACAGACACACUCAAACUGAAAAAGGCCUGGGAAAUUGCGCUCGCUCCGUCCAAACAGAUCCCCAUGAAUGCUAUCAUGAUGUACAUGUCCGGGAACAGUUUACAGAUCUUCAGCAUCAUGAUGGUGUUCAUGCUAUUCAAGGGGCCGAUCCAGGGGUUGAUGAAUACAAAUUCUGUGUUUGCCAAGCUGGAAACGGAUGCGACUCGGGCGAAGCUGGCGGGUGUGAAGGUGGUGUAUGUGUUGAUGCAAUUGGUCUUGUUGGGUUUGGGUGUUUGGAAAGUUAAUGCGAUGGGGCUGUUACCGACUACAAGGUCGGACUGGUUGGCGUGGGAGUCGGAGAGACAACCAUUGGAAAGGGCUUAUUUCGCGUUCGGAUGA